UCCCUACGCCUGGCAUCCGUUCAAACCGCCCCACCAGCCUCUACACCAGCCUGCGAUGACUAAAGAUUCCAGCAAGAUAAGAAUCUCGCGUCUGUAACCCCGUUUGGGGUCAAAGACUUUCCAAGAUGGCAACCAGCGUGGGUAUGGAAGACGCAAGUCCAAAUGUUUGGAACCCUGAGAAAGCAGCGACCUUAGUUUAGUCGCACUUGGAGAACGAAGAGACAUGAUCAAGGGAACUACAGGUUUACUCUGGUGACGGUGACGUGAUGAUCAUUAAGGAAGAUAUAGACCGAGCGGUCCAGGCCCUCCAGUCUGUGAUGAAAUCCCUGACUGAUCCUGAGGACACCAUCCACAGAUGUGUGCUGAGAUGUGCACUACGGAUGAUGAAGAGCAGGCUCUUCUAUGCUAUCAUUGACAUCUGUCAACAAUAUGUACAGACCCUGGAGUUCUCCCUGGACUGGAGUGACAGUGCUCAGGUGGCCCUGAUUGGUGCAGACAGCAGUACAGACCAGGACUACAGCUUCUCCAGUACUCCUCCUGGAUAGCCCUGGUGCAUGACAGGUUUCAGUAGCCUGGACUUCCCUUCCACAGCCUCCUCCCCCAGCCCCCACUGUAGGCCACCCCCCUUCCUCAGGAACCUGGAGGACAAUGUUCCCAGCAACGCACCCUGUAGAUGUUCAGGGAACUGCAGAACACAUGAGCCUUCCCAUAUCUCAGAUGAUGCAGAGUCCAGAAUGCCUGAACAACCUGAACCAAAGCAACAAAGAAUAGACCACCAAAACAGCUUUGACAAUGACUGGUACUGUGGGGCUGAUGAGGACACGAUAUCACUUGAUAGACAGUCGGAGGAGCUUCGACUGGUAGAGGUCAUCAAGGGUGUAGGGGGCCUUGGCCUGAAACUGGUCGGAUCAGAGCAUCAUGGGACUUUCAUCUCCGAGGUCACACCUGGGGGCGUGUCCUGGAUGGACGGGAGGCUUCUUAUGGGGGACCAGAUUGUUGAAGUGGAUAAUUAUGACUUAGGGGGCCGGUCCCAUUUGGCAGCUGCUGACUACAUUCUGAAUCUACCAGUGGGGACUAUAGUUUCUCUGAUGGUUUUAUACAAUCCAGAAGGAAUGGAAGAGUACUACAGGACAAUCCAGUGCUGUCCAGGAUGACAGAAGUUCAAGUGAAUGGGAACCAAAGCUUCACAUGUUGCCAGGGACCAGUGCCCCAUCCCACUUCCAUGUUAUUGCCAAAAAAGGUUAACGUUAACUUAUCAGUUACUGUAAAUGCAGAAACGUUCCUGGUUGUCUAAUGUACAUGUUCGCGUUUUUCUCACUUCAAAUUUACCUCAAAUUUAAAACCACCGCAAAAAUUUUUCAAUUGCAGUAAGAGACUACAGUGCAUGGUGCUAGCGCAAACUUCAAACCAUCGCAAAGUCCUUUUUCCGGCUACUGCAAAAUUUAAUCCUCGCAAACUUAAAUGCACUUACAGUACUACCCUUAUACUGUAAAUUGUCAUGUACUUUAUAUGUUUCAUUUCACUAGCGAUGAGGCUAUGUUUACUUCUUUAAUGGCUGAUAUGUUUGUCAUAUCUGUUGAGGCUAAGUGGUGACUGUAGGACAAACAUGCAUUUCUCUAUAUGGCUAUUAUCAAUUUAGUGAUCUAGAUCUAGUUUACUUUCUUCCUUCUCUUGUAGCAAAAAUGAUAGAAGAAAACUCAUGGAGUAUAUUGUGAGCAUAAAUUUAUGUGUGUGUGUAAAUACACAAUAAAGAAGAAGCUUUCAAUAAACACAUUGUCAAGACAAGUGUUAUAAUAUAUAAUAUGAUAUACAUGUACAUCACAUCAGAUACUUGUAACAGUAACCAGAAUAUGAGAUAGAUGUAGAACAACGUUAGUAUUUUAUAUAAAUGAAACAUAAAAAUGUAUAAAAAAGUGAUACAUGGAGACAAUCCAUGCUAUCUCAGAUAUGGCUUAGAAUGUGGUAGGACCAGGGAGUGUUUAUGGGGGCUACUGCAAUUUAUCAGUUGUUCUGCAUGUCUAUUCUGCACAAAUUAUAUCUAAUUACCGUUAAGGUCAACUUUUUCAUUGCCCACACAUAACUCAAGGGUCCUAUUAGCCAUAGUGUGAUAACUGGUUGCAUGGUUGAGGAAAUGAUUCUUAUACAAAACAGACAGACCUGGUCCAUGUUGAGAAGUUCAGAUUACUACUAAUCAGUAUAAAACUACCUCAUCUCUAUGCCUUUCCAUAUUGAGAUGUAAGAUUCAUAGUUCUAUUGGUACAAUCAGUCAUAAAUCCUUAUCUUAAAUGCAGGAUGUAAAAUACAUGUACCAUAAAAUGGCUUACUGCUUUCAAAGGUAAAAAAAUGUAUUAAUACCUCUUAAAAUUUCAUACAAAAUUGUUUAACCAUCUACCACUACUGUUGUAAUUCCAUAUUAACAAAAUCCCUCUGUAAAAUUAACACCAUUAUCCAAACAUCUCCUUUAAUCUCUGUAAAGCUUAUUUUCUAGGAUUGCACUAUAUCUUAACAUACUCCCCACACUGAACAACUAAAGCUCACUAGAUAAAUACCAAAAGUCUUCCCAAAAUAGACUCUUAUUUACAUCAGCUGCCAUGCACCAAGAUUUAUGCCAUCAAUAAAUAAUAUAUAGCACAACAUAAAAGCUUUACUAAUUUAAAAGGUACUGGGUACUUCUAUGCAGAUGCAUAAAAUCACAAAAUCUGUUGAAAAUCCGACCAUUACCACAUUUGCAAAAUAAAAUAGGCUUAUUACAUGUAUUCCUUGUUUGAAAUGCGACAAUGAACUUUUGUAAAAAUUGAUUU